AUGUCUGAAAAAGAUUUAGUCAAAUAUACAAGGAAACUCCUGGUGUCUCCACCUACUUUCACCGCAAAUGAUCUUUUCAACGCCAUAACACUGAUUAUGGAAUUAUUAGCAAGCACAAAUGAAACUCAUCCUGACGGUGAAGUCGACCUAGAAUUCAUGUCAACAUAUAUAAAAAUUGCAAGCUUCUUAUCAUCAUUAAGAACUACCGGAUUAGAUCAUACAGCUGAAUAUAUCGCACAAGCUGCAAAGGCCGUCUUACAAUUUUCAGAUAUGGUUGAUUUAACUAGUGAAACCGCAUCUUCUUCUUCCACGAAUACCGAACAAGAAACAAUUUUAGAUAUCGUUGGUACAGGUGGUGAUGGACAAAACACUUUCAAUGUAUCCACUUCAGCAGCUAUAGUCGCAUCAGGUAUCCCCGGUAUUAAAAUAUGUAAACAUGGUGGGAAAGCUUCAACUUCGAAUAGUGGUGCUGGUGAUUUAAUCGGUAUAUUAGGAUGCGACUCUUCAAAAGUUACCGCAAAGACGGUAAAUUUAUUAUGGAAUGAUAAUCAAUUUCUUUUCCUUUUAGCACCAUAUUUCCAUGACGGGAUGGGGAGAGUGGCAUUGAUAAGGAAAUUGCUGGGGAUCCCGACUAUUUUCAACGUUUUGGGUCCACUUUUACAUCCUGUAAAACAUAUCCAUAAGAGAGUCCUUGGUGUUUAUUCAAAAGACUUGGCCUUAGAAUAUGCAAAAGCUGCCGCAUUAGUGUACCCUGAUAGUGAAACAUUUGUUGUUUGGGGGAAUGUAGGAUUAGAUGAAGUUUCACCUAUUGGGAAGACUACUGUGUGGCAUGUAAAUUCGGAUAAAAAUAAAAAAGAGAGGGGACAUAUAGAAUCAUUUGAUUUGGAACCUUCAAUGUUCGGGUUAAUGGAACAUCCAUUAGACCAAUGUGCUUCAUUGGGACCAAGAGAGAAUGCAAGAAUACUGACAGAAGAAAUUUUAUCAGGUAAAUAUUCAUAUGGUGAUAAUCAUCCAAUCUAUGAUUACAUACUUUUAAACACAGCUGUUUUAUAUUGUCUAAGUGAAGGACAUAGAAAUUGGAAACAAGGUGUCAUUGAAGCAGAUAAGAGCAUCCAAUCUGGUGCUUCAUUAAGAGCAUUGUCUCACUUUAUAAAAGACGUUCAAUCGUUAUAA